AUGGGGUCUCAGACUCGUCUCCCCAAUCCUCUCUUUCACCCUUUCCUAUUCGGAUUUCAGAUUUUCCAAUGGUUAACCAAUCUUGUUUUUGCGCCUACUCCUCCAGGGCCCAGCGCACGCCUAGGAAGACCUAAGAUUGCCGUCAUUGGUGCCGGUAUCACCGGAGUAUCGGCGGCAGCGCACUGUAUUGGCCAUGGAUUCGACGUCGUCAUAUUCGAGGCAGGCACAAAAAAGAACCUGGGAGGAAUAUGGAGCAAUGUGAACACUACAUCUAGCCUACAGAUACACUCCGCUAUGUUCAGAUUCCACCCCUCAAUUCGGUGGGAUCGAGGAUAUCCCGACCGUCAGCAGAUCCUCAGCCAAGUAAGGAUGAUAUGGGAGAAGUACGGCCUGGACACGCGGACCAAAUUUGAAACCAGGGUCGAGAAGUUGUACAAGGACGACCAGGGUCGCUGGAUCAUCAAUAACACCGCCAACGGCCGUUUCGAUGGCAUCAUUGCCGCAAUUGGCACCUGUGGAGACCCCAAAAUGCCACAUAUCGACGGAAUUGAAAGCUUCCAGAAGCCUGUAUAUCACUCCAGCCGACUCACAGGUGUCGAUGUCGAGGGGAAGACUAUGAUAAUCAUUGGCGGUGGUGCUAGUGCGGUCGAGGCAUUGGAAUACGCCUUCGAAGAAGGCGCUAAGAAAGUUUAUGUCUUGUCCCGCAGCGACAAAUGGAUCAUCCCUCGCAAUUUCAUAGUCGACAUUCUGCUGUCCAUGAACAUCUGGGGACAAGAGACGCCGUUUUCCUGGAUCCCGGAGCGUCUCCUCAAGCGCUACUUUUACCGCGAUCUACGGGACAUCGCGCCCGACGACAAAGGAAUCUUCACCGACACUCCCAUGGUGAACUCGGAUGUCAUGCACAAAUUGCGCUCGGGUGCCGCGGAGUGGGUACGAUGCGACAUCGACACUUUCCACGAAAACGGCGUCUUUGUCAACAAGCGCGAUAAGGGCGUGCCCAAAGGCGGGCCAGGCAAACGAGUCGACAUCCAAGGCGACAUGCUGGUCAUGGCCACGGGCUACAAGCGACCUAAGCUGGAUUUCCUUCCCGAAGAUUCCUUCCAGGAACCUUACGGACCGCCUAACUGGUAUCUCCAGACAUUCCCGCCGCAGCACCCCUCGAUCUCCGCCAUCAACUGCACUUAUAUCUCGGCCAUUGGCACCGUCGGCAACUGGCACAUUGGCAUCUACACGCGCAUAUUACUCAUGUUCCUCAUGGACCCGCUCACUCGCCCCUCGGCAUUCUGGAUGGAGCGCUGGAUCGAUAUGACCAAGGUCCUGAAGUCCAUGGCGCCAACUGGGGCGUUUGACUUUUUCACGUACCUUGAGCUCCUCUGGUGGUUCACGUUCUGUGUCGCGUUUAACCCGUUCAGAUGGAAGUGGGCGUUCUUCGUCUUCUUCGGCCUGGGUUUGGUGUUGCCUAAGCGUAUUGUGGAGAAGGAGGAACAGGUCCGUAAUGGUAUGGGUAUGAACCAGGGUGCAGAUAAACCAGAUGUUGGUCGCAGCUUCUAA